UCUCCCAUGUCUAGGCGACCUCACGCCGCCAAUGGCAUCGCCUGCGCUUCUUGUGCUCCUCCUCCUCCUCCUCGCCGCCGGUGACUACGCGGCCGCCGCGCUGCGCUUCGACUACGCGACGCUGACGCUGGGCAGCCUCAGGCUGCUCGGCGACGCCCACCUCAAGAACGGCACCAUCCGCCUCUCGCGCGACCUGCCCGUCCCCAACUCCGGCUCCGGCCGGGCGCUCUACGCCACGCCCGUCCCGCUCCGCCAGGGCUUCUCCACCCAGUUCGCCUUCACCGUCGCCACGCUCAACACCGACUCCGUCGGCGGCGGGCUCGCCUUCGUCGUCGCCAGGGACGGCACCACGCUCGGCGACGCCGGCCCGUACAUCGGGGUCUCCGCCGCGUCCGACGUCGCCGUCGAGUUCGAUACGCUCAUGGACGUGCAGUUUGGGGAUGUCAAUGGGAACCAUGUGGGCUUGGAUCUUGGCAGCAUGGUGUCCGCCGCCGUUGCUGAUCUCGACGGCGCCGGCGUUGAGCUGACCAGCGGGAGGACGGUGAAUGCGUGGAUCGAGUACUCCGGGAAGGGUCUCAUGGAGGUGUUCGUUUCCUACUCGCCCAAGCGCCCGCCGGAGCCGGUGCUCUCCGCGCCGCUCGAUCUCGGGGAGUAUGUCAAGGACGAGGCAUUCGUCGGUUUCUCCGCCUCCACGCAGGGGAGCACCGAGAUGCACGCCGUCGAGUGGUGGACCUUCUCCACUCCGUCCUCGCCGUCCAAACCAUCGCCGCGUACGGCGGCGCCUUCCGCGCCGCCGGAAUCGCCGGUUUCCUCGUCCGCUCCGCCUCCGGCGGGUCUCAGUCCGAUGCUCCCAUCGCCUCCGCAGCUCCCCGGAGUAACGACGACGCCGUCGCCGCCAUCGUCCACGGUGUCGAUGCCUCCCACCAGCUCGGUUGCUGUGGCGAGCGCUCCGGCCAAUUCGACGGCGGGGGGAAGUUAUGCCGGAUCGGCGCACCCGCCCGCGCACGCGGCCGUGGCCGGCGCCGCGACGGCGGGGGCGUUCGUGGCCGUCUCGUUCGCCGGCUUCGCGCUGUGGGCGCUGGCGCGGCGCGCCAAGGCCCGGAAGCGCGGCACGGGGGCGUUGGCGGUGGCCGACAGGCGCGACGGCCUCGCGUCGGCGGCGGCGCUCGCGCGGUCGCCGCGGGAGUUCACCUACAAGGAGCUGAGCGCCGCCACACGCGGCUUCGACGCGUCCCGCGUCAUCGGGAACGGCGCGUUCGGAACCGUGUACAAGGGCAUCAUCCCGGACACCGGCGCCAUGGUCGCCGUCAAGCGGUGCACCAAUGCCAGCGCCGACGGAGCGCAGGCGCGGUCCGAGUUCCUCUCCGAGCUGUCCAUCAUCGCCGGCCUCCGCCACCGCAACCUGCUCCGCCUGCAGGGGUGGUGCCACGAGAAGGGGGAGAUCCUGCUCGUCUACGACUACAUGCGCAACGGCAGCCUCGACAGGGCGCUGUUCGACGCGUCGUCGCCGGUGCUCCCGUGGAACCACCGCCGCGAGAUCCUCGCCGGCGUCGCCUCCGCGCUGGCCUACCUCCACCACGAGUGCGAGCGGCGCGUCAUCCACCGCGACGUCAAGUCCAGCAACGUGAUGCUCGACGAGUCGUACCGCGCGCGGCUCGGCGACUUCGGCCUCGCGCGGCAGGCGGAGCACGGCGAGUCGCCCGACGCGACCGCCGCCGCCGGCACGAUGGGGUACCUGGCGCCGGAGUACCUCCUGACGGGGCGCGCCACCGAGGGCACCGACGUGUUCAGCUUCGGCGCGCUGGUGCUGGAGGUGGCGUGCGGGCGGCGGCCGAUCGGGACGGAAGGCCGGUGUAACAACCUGGUCGAAUGGGUGUGGAGCCUCCACGGCGAGGGCCACGUGCUCGACGCCGUGGACGCGAGGCUGGGCGGCGACUACGACGAGGGGGAGAUGAGGAGGGCGCUGCUGGUGGGGCUGGCCUGCUCCAGCCCGGAGCCGGCGCUCCGGCCGGGGAUGCGGGCGGUGGUGCAGAUGCUGAGCGGCGAGGCGGACCCGCCGUUCGUGCCGGCGACGCGGCCGUCGAUGAGCUUCUCGGCGAACCACCACCUGCUGCUCAGCCUGCAGGACAGCGUGUCGGACUACAACGCCCUCGGCCUCAACGAACUCUCCGACGACUCCUCGUCGGACUCGCUCAGCUCGUCGUCGCUCACCAGCACGCUGCGCAAGGGCGGCCACGACAUCGGCUUCAGCUCCACCGCCGGCGACGCCGCCCGGUGAAACUGGAACCGAAAGUUGCAAUCUUUUUAAUCCUACUAGAGAUUCACACAGUAUUUUCUUCUCCCAAAUUUGUAUGUAUGUAUGUAUGAAUUUUUGAGUAGAUAGAUUAGCGUUGAACUCAAACUCCAUUUGUAAUACUUACCUGUCUUGAUAAUAAUCCAAGAAAUUCAGAUGAUUCAU